AUGUCUUUCUUGUGCCUCGCCCGCCCUACCCAGGGUCUUCUCCGCCAACCCCUCCUCCACCGCACCUUCCUCACCACGCGUCCCCUCUUCAACCAAGCCUCCAUCCUUUCGACCCUAAAACCUGAACUCAUGACCGCCAUGCGCUCCAAAGACAAGCCCCGGCUAACCGUCCUCCGCGCCCUCCUUGCCGAGAUCACAAACGCCUCGAAGACCUCCAAACCCAUCAGCUCAGAUGCCACCCUUUUCUCCCUUCUCUCAAAACAAAUUAAAGCGUCUCAAGCGGCGGUGGACGAGUUUGCGAACGCGAAGAGGGAGGAUUUGGUAGAGAAGGAGAGGGAGCAGUUGCUGGUGCUGGAGGGGUACUUGAAUCAGAUUGAGGUUGUUGGGGAGGAUGAGGUCAGAAAUGUGGCGGAAGAGGUUGCGGGAGGUUUGGGCGCGGGAGCAAAGGUGGGGCCGGUAAUGGGCAAGGUUAUGGGCAAGUUUGGUGGUAGACCCGUUGAUUCAGAUCUUGUGAAGAGGGUGGUAGAAGAGGUCGUUGUGCAAAAAUUGUGA